UGAUCCUAGAAGCUUCAUAAACUUGUUUUGUCUACCGAAGAACUCGGACGUACUCCAGCGAAAAUAGUUUCUGCGCUCGGUACAAGAGUGUGUUAAACCGAUUCCCACCAUCAAGAUGACUGCGGCAGAUGCGGCUCGCGAAAAGGCACUGGAAGACUAUCGGAAAAAGUUGCUGGAACACAAAGAAGUUGAGUGUCGUCUGAAGGAAAUAAGAGAAUCUCUAAAGGAGCUUACCAAACAAUUCGAUAAGUCGGAGAAUGAUUUGAAGGCGUUGCAGAGCGUUGGCCAGAUUGUGGGCGAAGUUCUCAAGCAACUUACGGAAGACAAAUUCAUCGUUAAGGCAACCAAUGGCCCCCGAUACGUGGUCGGCUGUCGUCGGCAACUGGACAAAACGAAGCUGAAGUCUGGCACUCGAGUUGCGCUGGAUAUGACGACACUGACAAUUAUGCGCUACCUGCCCCGUGAGGUGGACCCACUCGUCUACAACAUGUCGCACGAAGACCCGGGUGAGGUCACGUACUCGGCCAUCGGUGGCCUGUCGGAGCAAAUUCGCGAGCUGCGUGAGGUGAUCGAGUUGCCGCUUCUGAAUCCGGAACUUUUCCUUCGCGUCGGCAUAACGCCACCGAAGGGCUGUCUGUUGUACGGUCCUCCCGGCACGGGAAAGACUCUUCUGGCGCGUGCCGUCGCAUCCCAGCUGGACGCUAACUUCCUGAAGGUCGUUUCAUCGGCUAUCGUCGACAAGUACAUCGGUGAGUCGGCCCGACUGAUCCGUGAGAUGUUCAACUAUGCUCGCGACCAUCAGCCGUGUAUUAUUUUCAUGGAUGAAAUCGAUGCCAUCGGAGGGCGUCGUUUCUCCGAGGGUACGUCGGCUGAUCGUGAAAUCCAGCGAACGCUCAUGGAACUGCUCAAUCAGAUGGACGGAUUCGACUCGCUGGGACAGGUUAAGAUGAUUAUGGCCACCAAUCGACCCGAUACGCUCGACCCCGCCCUACUGCGCCCGGGACGUUUGGAUCGAAAGAUCGAAAUCCCGCUGCCCAACGAGCAGGCACGGCUGGAAAUUUUGAAAAUUCACGCCGCCCCGAUAGCGAAACAUGGUGAUAUCGAUUACGAGGCGGUAGUGAAGCUGUCGGACAAUUUUAACGGUGCCGAUUUGCGCAACGUGUGUACCGAGGCGGGACUGUUUGCGAUUCGUGCCGAGCGAGAAUAUGUCAUUCAGGAAGAUUUUAUGAAGGCCGUCCGGAAGGUAGCUGACAACAAGAGACUGGAAAGUAAGCUGGACUACAAGCCAGUCUAACCAGGCAUGAUGUACCGUGGGCCUUCUUCGGUUAGCGCCACUUUCUUCGCUUAUGUUUUGGUACCAUUAAAAUCAUCUAAGACGCGUAAUAAAAAUAUCUAAACAUGUA